UACUCUUUAUUUUUACUAAUAUUAUCUGCUUGGCGGCUUGUAGGAGCAGGAGAAAACGAAAUUUUCAUGCCCCUUUGAAGAUAAUUAAAUUACAACUUUACCCCAUCCUUGUUCUACUUCUUAUAUUCAAAAGUUUCACAUGCUUUUAGGUUUCUUUUUUUCAUUUUAGUGAUAACUCUUUAUUGAAGUUGGGUCAUUUCAUUUGAGAAAGUAGAAACAGCAUGGGCACAAAUUUGGUGAUUGUGAACAUUCGAGCAAGAUUUUUGUAACCUUAUAAAGUACAAUCCUCAGACCUCAAGAACUCCACUAUCUCUAAAACCCCUUUUCGUUACUUCAAAGUUUGUAUGUUUAGUGUAGUUAGAAGGUAGAAAGUUUAUAAAUUUCGGUCAUUUUUCACAAAACCAGCUGAAAAGGUGAAUCUUUGAAUGGAAGGAGAGUAUGGUAUAUACAGGAAAGGAAGCAGUGGAUGGUCAUACAUGACUGGAAAUGAGGAGUUUCAAGAAACUGAUGUUUGGUCUGUUUGGAAUCAAAGAAAUGAUUUUGAUUCAAAAUCUAUCAAGUCAAAAGGAUCAUCAUCACCUUCUAAUUUGACUUCAAGAAGCAUUCCUCUUUCAACUGCAGCCAGAAUGAUUCCUAGACCUGGUACAAACAAUCCCUGCAUGGAAUCUAGGAUUCCUCAACAACAAUCAGCACCUGUCAACGUUCCUGAUUGGUCAAAGAUUUAUGGAAAGUCAAAGAGAUCAGCACAGAAUUCUACGUGGCUUAAUUAUGGUGAUGGUGAUGAUGAUGAUGGUGGUCAUAAUGGUAGAGUGAGUUGGGACAGUGAUGAUGAUGAUGAGGAUGAUAAUAAUGGGAACAUGAGGCCACCUCAUGAAUGGAUUGCACAGAAGCUUGCAAGGCGUCAAAUUUCUUCAUUUUCUGUAUGUGAAGGUGCUGGAAGAACACUCAAAGGUAGAGAUCUUAGUAGGGUAAGAGAUACUGUCUUGAUCAAAACUGGAUUUCUGGAAUAAUUUUCUCUGUUCUACAUACAUUGUCUUCGAAAACAUAUUUUCCAGAUUUUUUUUGAAAAAAAAGGAAAACCACAAAAAAUUUCAAGAAAUGACAUUAUUGUUAUCAUUAUGGUGAUGUGACACUAUCAGUAAUUCAAUAUGAUUGAUUAUCUUGAUAAUAAAAAUGGGCCCUAUUCACUUC